CGUGUUCUGUCGGGUAAAGUCCAAACCUGUUUUUGAUGCUCUGUAGACCUUAACUUCUGUCAACAUGCAGGACAGCAGGUUCAUGAAUGUGAGAGAUGAUUUUGCAGAUGCACAGUCACUUCAUUCUGGAAAGACUUUUUGCUUGCUUGAGUUGAGGAGAUGCUGCCAAGUAAUUCCAAGAGAAAAACAUUUCUUUAAUACCAUGACAGGAAUAGCAGCCGCUGGUCCAGGUUCAGGCUGACGGUACACACUCACUUCAGAGAGCAUGACAAUAUAACAUGUUACACAUCUGCGUUAUGUCAACUGCAUUGCCCCACUACAAAUGUCCCUGCUACGAGUUUCAGCAACCGCAGCAUCACAUGGCCCAAGAAUAUGGCAACUUUCCAAGUGUGGAAAAGGAACACAGCGGCAUCUACACCUGCACCUGGUAUUUCCCAUAUCAUGGUCAAACGUAUAAUGUGACCUUUGAAGUGAGACUUGAUGUCCAAGAAUUUGAUACUCCGAGGACUGCAGAUAUCCUAAAACCUCGCGAGACUACGUUUGAAGUAGAGCUGGGCUCACCAAAGGUAAUUGAUUGUGAAGCUCUCACCUGGUCGUGCACUAAUUCCGUACUGUACUGGCUCUCAAACUUUGACUUUGUGGACGAAGACCGCCCCUCACGAGUUUCCUUCAAUCAGACAUGUCCCAGUGACAAAAACAGCAAAGAAAUAAAGAGGACAGCGCCUCUGGUCUUUACAAAAGUUUUGGAAGAGGAUCUGUCAAAAAAUUUCACCUGCGUACUGCAACAUGACGGCCAGACACUAAGCUAUGUCACCAUCACGCUGACCCAAAAAGCUCGCCCUUCGCACACUUCCCUGGCUGUAUGCACUGUUGUCCUCACAGUGCUGUCAGCUGUGAUGGUAUUUAUCUGUGUGAAGUUUAAAGUUGACAUCAGUCUUUUCCUAAGAGACACUCUUGGUUGCCAUAGCAGUACCUCAGAUGGAAAAAGCUAUGAUGCCUUUUUGAUGUGUUACGAGAGUGACACAGAUGGAGGAUUUAAUGCUCAUGACAGAAAAAUGCUGGAGAGUGUUUUGGAGGAGAGAUUUGGUUACAGUCUCUGUCUGUAUGAUCGUGACGUCUUACCAGGAAGAGCUGUAGCACAAGUAGUGUUGGACUGCAUCGAGCAGAGCCGGGCGGUGGUUUUGGUUCCUACAUCUCCAGAUCCUGGUCCGGGAUCGGGCCUGCUGAGUGCCAUCCAUGAAGCCCUCGUAGAGAGGCAGACUCGCUUGGUUUUUAUCAACACUGAGACACCCAAAGUGUCGAGAUCGGGGUCGAUACCAAAAGCUUUACAGCUUCUUAGCGAGUCUGGAAACCACGUCGCCUGGAAAGGCAUGAGCUCCAUGCCGCCCUCCUCCUCCUUCUGGAAGCAGCUUCGAUAUCACCUUCCUGCUCCACAGCGUGCACCAAAAAUCCAGCUUUUACUACAGACAAUCCAGGAUGUUAGCUCAAAGUGAAAAAGUCAAGAUUAAUGGCUCAUAUCACACCUGUUGCCAAAAUCACUGCUACAUAUACAGUGCAUUAAAACUACGUUUUAGGCAAGGACAUCUGCUGACACACUGACCAUCAACUGCUUAUUAUUCCGCGUCUAUAAUAAAGAAUUAAUACUGAUGUCGUUCAUUUUUAA